AAUUUGUCAAUUGAAGUUUUGAAGAAUAUUAUUAAGUAGUUGCAGUGAACUGUGGAUAUUCUGCGCUUGCUGUUCUACAACAAUCCUACUCCAGGAUGUUGCGGCAACAUUACCUUUGUCCGAACAGUGAGGAAAAAAGAUUGAAUCAUACUAACAGCAACAGGAAGGCAACAGCUGUGAUGAAACAGUGUUCAGGCCAGCCAAUGGACAGCUGCAACAGUAGUUACCCAGAGUUGCAAACCUAUUCAAAGUCUUGUUUCCAUGGUGAUCUGCACUGUCCCAUUUGUCUCCAAGUUCCAAUGCUUCCUGUGGAAACCAGCUGUGGACAUUUAUUUUGUGGGCCAUGUAUAAUUGCAUAUUGGAAACAUGGGUCUUGGUUAGGACCUGUAAGCUGCCCUCUAUGUCGAAGAAAGGUGAGCCUGCUCUGUUGUCUGUCCCAUGAGAAUCACCAGGAAUGGCAUGGGCAGCAGAUCCUCCGAGAUAUCAGGGAAUACAACAAGCGUUUCUCUGGACAGCCUCGACCUUUUGCAGAUUAUGUCUUUGACAUGCCACUGUUGCUCCAGAUGGCCUUCAGAGGGCUCUUGACAAUGACUGGAUUAGUGUGGAUCUUCCGUCUAAGGAUUGCAAUUUGCUUCUUUGGAGCCAUCAUCCACCUUACUUCUCCUCUUGAUAUUAUACCUGAAGCGUUCAGUGGGAUCUUGAGGACUUUUGAUGAUUUGACAGUUGUAAUCCUGUUGCUUUUCUGCAUGAUUAAUAUUUGCCAGCAGAUGGGGCUAGAGGAAGCCACUUGAAAAAAUGCCACAACUCAGUGUCUGUAACCAUUUCUAACAAAUGUUCAAGGAAAACUGUAAAUAUGCUUUAGUAAUUUGAAUUGAUACCUGUACACAGAUUUUUAAUGUUACUAUUGCUUAGUAUUUAAUAUCCUUGUUUGUAAAAAAAUAUAACCAGACCCUCUAAACUGUUUUUAUGUUAAUAAAUCUGAAACUAUUUAUGCAUUUGACUAAUAGGUAUAAAAUACACUUUUAAAAUCCUUGAAGGUCCAAAAUGAAAAUGU